AUGGCCGCUCAGGUUGCCAGCGUCGCCACUCUCAACACUAGCCCGCCAUCCGAACUCAAAAAGCCGGAUCGGGAACCACAGGAGGAGUCGGUACCGGGGGAGAAACAGCAUGAAAAUAAGGAUCCGGGAACCGACGGCGGAUCUCCUGGACAGAAGGAGCUGCAGGACGGGACCGACGCUGGAAAUGCUGGGGGAGGAGGAGGAGGGGAUCCCGAUAUGAAGAACGGCAACGGGAAUUUGCCCAGGGUAAAUAAUAAUAGCAGUAAUCAGAAUGAUACAGGCGGGCCCGAGGGGAAUAACCAUCCCGGGAUGGGACACCACCACCAGGGCCCCUUUCCUCCUCCUCCUUACGGUUACAACCAGCACUACAGCCGGGCCCCUUUUCAUCAACAUGGCGGACAACAAAGCCCUGGCAUGGCAGCUGCAUCGGGGCCGGGCAUGAUGGACCCUUACCCCCCUAAUUCACAUGAACACGGCUACCCGAACCAUUAUAACAACUACAGCCCGUUCCAGAACAGGACUUCUUAUCAGGGCCAAGGCUACGGGGCCAUGAAUUCCCCGCGUAACAACCAGCCUCCGGCGGCUGGGGGGCAGCCAGGCAAGCAACAGCCAGCAGGAGGAACCACAGCCAUGGCUGCUUCUUACAAUAAUCAGAGGUAUAACAUGGGAAGCCAACAACCCACGUCUACGCCUACUUUAAAUCAGCUUUUGACAUCCCCGAGCUCCGCCAGGAGCUACCCGAAUUACCCCCAAGGAGACUAUAACAAUCAGGAAGGGGCCAAUAAGGGACCAGGAGAUAUGGGUAGCACUCAGUAUGGUGGGGUCCAUCCGGGUUGGCAACAAAGGAGCCACCAUCCGCCUCCCAUGAGCCCGGGAAACACUGGACAGCCUCCAAACAGAAAUCAGCCUCCAAGUCCGAUGGACCAGGUGGGGAAAAUGCGUGGCCAGCCAUACGGAGGACCCAACCCGUACUCCCAGCAGCAGCAAGGGCCUCCUGCAGGGCCCGGACCCCAACAGGGAGGCUCUUACCCAGGGCAGGCCUACGGACCUCCAACGCCUCAGAGGUAUCCUAUGGGGAUGCAGGGCCGAACACCUGGCGCUAUGGGCGCCAUGCAGUACGGACAGCAGAUGCCGGCAUAUGGGCAACAGGGACCGGGUAGCUAUGGACAGCAGAGCCAGGGCUUUUAUGGUCAGCAUGGCGCUCCCCCUCACGCUGGCCAACAGCAGCCUACGUACCCUGGCCAACCCCAGGGCAGCUCCGGAACUCCUUACCCCCAGCAGGGCCACCCUACACAACCUGCGGGUCAACAUGGGCAGUCAGGAGCUCCAUACCAACAAUCCCAAGGUCCCCACGGCCCCGCUCCAGGUCAGCCUCCCUACACCCAGCCCCCACAGUCUCAGCCAGGACAGCCGCCGUAUGUCCCUCCCCAGCAGCAGCAACCUCCCCAGCAGCAGCAGGGGCCAGGUCCUCAAAGUCAGCAAGGCCCACAGGGCCAGCCUGGCUACCCACAACCCUCUGGACCAGGCCAGCCACCGCCGCAGCAAACCCCACAACAACAACAACAACAGCAGCAGCAGCAGCAGCAGCAGCAGCAGCAGCAGCAGCAGCAGCAAGGGCCCCAACAACCACAGCAGCAACAGCAACAACCAGGAGGUCCACCUCCUCAGGCCCAGCAACCUCCAGGCCAUGGCCAGCAGGGUCAACCAUCACCUUAUUCCCAGACACCCCCCCUGCAACAACAGCAACAACAGCAACAACAACAACAACAACAACAGCAGCAGCAACAACAACAACAGCAACAACAACAGCAGCAACAGUCACCAUAUCAGAGGUUUCCACCUCCUCCGCAGGAACUCUCCCAGGAUUCCUUCAGCUCCCAGUCCAGCGCUCCUCCUUCCAACCAGCCCAUGGCUUCCAACAAGAGCAGUCAGGAAGACAGCAUGCAGGGCCGGCCAUCCAGUCUGCCGGAUCUGUCGGGCUCCAUCGAUGACCUCCCCACCGGUACAGAGGGCGCUCUGAGCCCCGGCGUCAGCACCUCAGGGGUGUCCAGCAGUCAGGGUGAGCAGAGCAAUCCUGCCCAAUCGCCCUUCUCUCCGCACACGUCGCCCCACCUGCCGGGCAUUCGCGGGCCCUCGCCAUCACCUGUGGGGUCCCCUGCCAGCGUCACCCCAUCCCGCACCGGCCCUCUGUCCCCUGCUGCUGUGCCAGGUAAUCAGAUGCCUCCCCGGCCGCCCAGCGUCCAGUCGGACAGCAUCAUGCACUCUACCAUGAACCAGUCAGCGAUGGGCCAGGACAGGGUGUACAUGCGUAACCCCCAGAUGCCUCCAUAUGGGUCCCCUGGACAACCUGGCUCAGCCUUAUCUCCACGCCAGUCUUCAGGAGGUCAGAUCCACAGUGGGAUGGGACCAUAUCCCCAGAACAACUCCAUGGGCAACUACGGGCCACAGGGGGCCCAGUACGGUCCACAAGGUUACCCCCGGCAACCCGGCUACACAGGGAUGCCCAAUGCCAACUAUCCCAGCGGUCCCGGCAUGGGUGGCUCAAUGAACCCCAUGCCUGGUCAGGGCAGCGGGGCGCCAUAUGGGAAUAUCCCACCUGGAAGGAUAGGUCCGGGGCAAAUGGGCGCCCGGCCCUAUGGUCCUGGAAUGGCCUCAAACAUGGCCGGCAUGCCCCCUCAGGUGGCCUCAGGGAUGUGUCCCCCUCCAGGCAUGAACAGGAAGGACGGUGGCCCCUCCAUGCACCAUGGACCAACAAACUCCGUACACAACAGGCCACCCGGCUACCCCAACAUGUCGCAGGGCAUGAUGGGAGCAGGCUCUCCAUACGGCCCUGGCAUGAACAGCAUGCACGGUAUGAUGAACCAGGCAGGACCGGGGCCGUACCCAAUGGGAGCAAAUAUGGCUAACAACACACCUGGUAUGCCUCCCAGUGCAGAGUUUGGCAUGGAAAAAUUGAACCCAGCUCAGAAGAUGAACAACAAAGUGGAAGGGACUCCCAAGCCAGAAUCCAAAAAGAAGUCAAGUUCUUCCACCAUCACCAACGAGAAGAUCACUCGUCUGUAUGAGCUCGGCCCGGAGCCAGAGAGGAAGAUGUGGGUGGACCGAUUCCUGGCCUUCGCUGAGGAGAAGGCCAUGGGCAUGAAUAACCUGCCUGCUGUGGGACGCAAACCUCUGGAUCUCUUCAGACUCUACGUGUCUGUCAAAGAGAUCGGCGGCCUCACACAGGUGAACAAGAACAAGAAGUGGAGGGAGCUGGCCACCAACCUGAACGUGGGCACGUCGAGCAGCGCGGCCAGUUCGCUCAAGAAACAGUACAUCCAGUGUUUGUACGCCUUCGAGUGCAAGAUUGAGCGCGGCGAGGACCCGCCCCCAGACUUCUUCAACACGGACACCAAAAAGACCCAGCCCAAGAUCCAGCCUCCGAGCCCAGCUGGUUCUGGAUCCCUGCAAGGACCCCAGACUCCGCAGUCCACCAGUAGUUCAAUGGCAGAGGGCGGAGACCUGAAGCCCCCCACCCCGGCCUCCACCCCGCACACACAAAUGCCUCCAAUGCCUGGUGUCAGGAGUAGCGUUAAUCUGCAGGACCCUUUUGCGGACGGCGGUGACCCUGCAUUUUCCAGAAGGAAUGCCAUGACUCCCAACUCACAGGGCUAUCAGCCUGGCAUGGGCGGCCCAGAGAUAAUGGGUCGAAUGGGUCCCUAUGAGUCUAACAAAGACCCCUUUGGUGGCAUGAGAAAAGCUGGAGAGCAGUUCAUGCAACCCGGCCCCAACAGUGGGAUGGCAGAACAAUAUAACAGAGGCCCACCGGGUCCUAUGGGCAACAUGCAGAUGGGCCAGAGGCAACAGUACCCUUAUGGAUAUGACCGAAGACCAGAGCCUGGCAUGGGUCCUGAUGGCACUAUGGGACCAGGAGCCCCACAGCCCAACAUGAUGCCUUCUGGAGCCGACACAGGGAUGUACUCGCCAAGCCGCCCUCCACCACAGCAACGGCAUGACUCCUAUACUAAUCAGUUCCCUGGCCAAGGAGCUCCCCCUGGUGGUCCAUAUCCAAAUCAACAGCCAGGAAUGUAUCCACAGCAGCAGCCGAACUACAAGCGUCCUGUGGAUGGAGGGUACGGUCCUCCAGCCAAGCGUCAUGAGGGAGAAAUGUACAACGUCCCCUACAGCGGUCAACAGCAGCCAGGACCCCAGACCUCGGGGCCUCAGGGUCAACAGGACAUGUAUAACCAGUAUAACGCGUACCCUGGAGGGGAUCGUAGACCACCAGGCCCACAGAACCAGUUCCCUUUUCCUUUCGGCCGGGACCGAGGACCAUCGUCUGCAGGCCCCAAUUCUCAGUCUCCAAUGCCUCCCCAGAUGAUGGCAAGUUCCAUGCCUUCAGGUCCUGAUGGCCCCCAGGGUCCAAUGUGGCAGGGUCGCAAUGAGAUGGGCUACCCCAACUAUCCCAACCGACAGGGACCUCCUGUACCAGGCCAAGGCCCCGGGUACCACAGCAUGAACCGCUCUGAGGAGAUGAUGACACCAGACCAACGGAUGAACCACGAGGGGCAGUGGCCCGGCCAUGUCAACCAGCGGCAGCCGCCGUUUGGCCCCGGGGGAACAGGAUCUCCGAUGACCAGACCCCUGCCAUCCACCUACCAGACUUCCCAGAACCACAUUCCUCAGGUGUCAAGCCCAGCACCCAUGCCCCGGCCUAUGGAAAGUAGGACGUCACCAAGCAAGUCCCCCUACAUGCACCCAGGCAUUAAGGUGCAGAAAGCCGGACCCCCAGUACCUGCGUCCCACAUCGGCCAGGCCCCCGUGCAGCAACCCAUGAUCAGACGGGAUGUGGCCUUCCCUCCUGGCUCUGUGGAAGCCUCCCAACCCCACCUGAAGCCUCGCAGGCGUCUCACCAUGAAAGACAUUGGCACUCCUGAGGCUUGGAGAGUGAUGAUGUCAUUGAAGUCGGGUUUACUAGCUGAAAGCACCUGGGCCUUGGACACCGUUAACAUUUUACUGUAUGAUGACAACAGCAUCUCUACUUUUAACUUGUGCCAGUUGCCUGGAUUCCUGGAGCUGGUGGUGGAGUACUUCAGACGCUGCCUCAUUGAGAUCUUUGGCAUCUUAAAGGAGUACGAAGUAGGAGACCAAGGCCAGCGUACCCUCAUAGACCCCAACGCUGCUGAGGACUCUGAUGAUGAAAUCCAAAUGCCUGAGGGUGAGGAUAUGGAUCUGGAUGAAGAUGACGAAGAGGAUGAGGAGGUAGAGGAAUCAAAGGCUAAUCCCGACGCCCUCCCACUGGUCCAGGUGAAACAGGAAGACGAGAGCUCACAGACACACAAGUCUUCAGAGGACGAGGAAGAGGAGAAGGAAAGGGAGACUACUAUCAAGGAACCCAAUACCUCUACCUCAGUGUCACCCCAGGACCUCCACUCUGAAAAGCCCAAACAGGCAAGCAAGUUUGAUAAACUUCCCAUCAAGGUGGUGCGGAAGAAGAAUCCCUUCCUGCUGAACCAUUCGUCCAAGCUUGGGCAGCGGCAGAGCUUCGACAGCGGCCUGAUACACUGGAGCAUCGGCGGUGGUGACACUACCGAACACAUCCAGACCCACUUUGAGAGCCGGAUGGAAGUUCUUAAGCAGCGAAAACGCACGCAUACCGCAUCAGAGAGCCGCAGGAAGGUCCAUGGGGCUGACACUGUCUCAGAGAACUCUGAGAAGUCCAAGUCCAACGGGGAGGAAAAACCUCGGUCGCAGCAGCAGCUGCCCCAGUCCUCUGAACCUCAGAGGUCACCAGUGGAGAAGACCCCCCCUCCUUCUCUUCCCAUUGGUGCUCCAGUCACUGCCACCAUCGAUGAUGUGCUAUCUGCUCGACCGGGGUCGGUAACAGAAGAGGUUGUUCGUGGAGGUGCAGAAGAGCAGAAGGAGAAUGGAAAGUACCUGUUCAGCAUCAACCCAGAACUCCAGAGUCGACGCAACAUCAAGAUCCUGGAGGACGAACCUCACAGCAAAGACGAAACGCCACUCAGCACUCUGUCGGACUGGCAGGACUCGCUUGCCAGGCGCUGCAUCUGUGUUUCAAACAUCGUACGCAGCCUUUCCUUUGUUCCUGGGAAUGACCUAGAGUUAUCAAAACACCCCGGUCUCCUGCUGCUGCUGGGCCGCCUGGUGCUGCUCCACCACAGGCAUCCCGAGCGCAAGCAGGCGCCAGUCACCUACGAGAAAGAGGAAGAAGAAGAUGAAGGCGUGAGCUGUGAGAGAGACGAGUGGUGGUGGGACUGCCUCGAGGUGUUAAGGGAGAACUGCCUGGUAACUCUUGCGAACAUCUCAGGCCAGCUGGACCUUUCUAUCUACCCGGAGAGUAUAUGCCUGCCGCUGCUGGACGGCCUUCUCCAUUGGGCCGUCUGCCCCUCAGCGGAGGCCCUGGACCCCUUCCCCACACUGGGGCCCCACGGCUCACUGUCCCCCCAGAGACUGGUCCUUGAGACCCUCAGCAAGCUCAGCAUCCAGGACAACAACGUCGACCUCAUUCUGGCAACGCCACCAUUCAGCCGCUUGGAGAAGCUGUACGGCUCGUUGGUGCGCCUGGUUGGAGAACGCAAGGUGGCUGUUUGCAGGGAAAUGGCUGUUGUCCUGUUGGCUAACUUUGCGCAGGGUGACAGUUUAGCGGCACGAGCUAUUGCUGUACAGAAAGCCAGCGUGGGUAACCUACUGGGCUUCUUGGAGGACAGCCUAGCUGCCACACAGUUCCAGCAGAGCCAGAGCUCCCUGCUACAAAUGCAGGGCGGGCCUCAGUUUGAGCCCACCAGUGUAGACAUGAUGCGGCGGGCGGCCCGUGCCCUGCACGCCCUGGCAAAGGUCGAGGAAAACCACUCAGAGUUCACUUUGUACGAGUCGCGGCUACUGGACAUCUCGGUGUCCCCACUUAUGAACUCUAUGGUGUCCCAAGUGAUCUGUGAUGUACUGUUUCUGAUCGGCCAGUCAUGACAGCCGUGGGGAGGUUCCAGCUCUGCCUCUUCCCGUUCCCAGUCACACCCCCACCCUCCUUUUUUUGUAUGUGUGUGAGUCUGUUGCGUGUGAGUGAAAAGAGCAAAACUGACUGUCCUU